AUGAUUGUGAGCAGAGCUCCCAAAUCGCGAUUUUAUGAUUUGACAGAUUCUCUUCAUCAUCGUGUUGCCCUUGCAAUUGCUAAUAAAAAUGUUGAAACAACAGGGUUCGGGAGUACUGCUGGAAUUCUGCAAAUCGCGGCAGGCUGCAAUACUUCAUAUUUCAAUAAAUAUGUGACUCCUACAACUGAUAUUAAUCCUAAAGCCAGUGAGGUUCACGGUCUUACAGGUAGUUGUGGUGAAUUAUUUUAUCAUGGCAAAAGAUUGGAAACGUUACCACUAAAUUGUGUGAUGUCCGAAUUUCAUCAUUUUCUUGGUUCUUUCGGUAAACCUUGCCUACUUGUCGCACAUAAUUGUAAUUUUGAUAAGCCUUGUCUCAUCAGAGCAAUGGCUGAGACAGGCAUGAUACCUACCUUUCAAAAGUUUGUAAUUGGUUUUAGCGACACGCUUCCAAUUUUUCGCAGUUUAUUGAACAGGCGUACCCAAACAAGUCAAGUCGAAUUAGCCAAAGAAUUUCUAAAUGAUGUGUCUACAGAUGAAGCACACAAUGCUAUUGAGGAUGUACAAAUAUUGGAGAAGCUAGUCAAAUAUUUCAAGAUAAGUGAUGAUACUUUUAUUGAGAAAAAACAGAGCAUCCAAGAAUUUUUGCUCGACCGAGAAAAAAAAACAUAA